AUGAAGGGGUGGUUCGAUGCUUUUCGUGAGGAAGGCGGGCCGACUCUGUACGCGUACCACAACCGCACGGCGGUAGCAGCCGACGUACCGGCGCUAGCGUUACUUGUCGCUGCGCUCACACUAUACGUCGCCUUCCUCGCUGUGUUCCCCGGCAUCAGGAAAGAGAGAUUCUCCACGUUUACCAUAGUCACACUCAGCCUCUUCGUCGGCACCGUAAUACUAGUGUGUAAGCACGGGUCGUCAUGGCACGUGGCGGGGGCGCGCGUGGCUCGCGCCGCUUAUCGCGCCUUCUCGGCCGAGCGUCUCGAUUGUUGGUUAGCAGUGCACGUCGGCCUAAACCACGUCAACGUCACGCUUACUGCCCUGUCUUGGGGCAACGCCAGUGUCGGUGACCCUGGGGUGGAUUAUAAUGAACAGUUUCGAUGGGAAGAAGCGGGGGCCAUUCAGGAAUUUUACCGAGAGGCUUUGUCGCGCGGUCUACCUUUUCCUGUGCUCUCAGUCGCAGAACACUUUGCUGUACAGCAUGAGGGAUUCGAAUGGGGAGCAAAAUAUCGCGCCGCUGGGUAUACGACUUCGACGCUAUUAUGGACGGCGCUGGCCCUGUGGUUGUUGAUGAACCUUCUACUCGUGGUAGUGCCUCGCUAUGGUGCAUACGCUAUGGCAACGUUAGGCGUGACGUUGUGUGCAGCUGCGGGAGGCUACUGGGCAUCGCUGCCUCAUGUACCUCUCGUUGUGAGACUUGACGGUGCUAUGCUGUUCUUCUCCCUAGGAUGGUGUUUCUGGCUUGUUUUAAUUGCAGGCUGUGUCUGCGUAACGGUGGGUCUAGUGAUCGCAAUACUAGACCUCGUCUGGCCGCAUAGGUUCUCCACUGUCCUGGAGGUGGACUACGAUACUCCAUAUGAUCGCCACGUGCUUAUUGUCGACAGUCGGCAGCGAGCACGACCACAAACACAAGCCUCGUUACCAACGAGAAUACUUAGGAGACUGUCAUCAAAAACACGUGACACAGAAGGGCAAGUGUCGGUGUCGGUAGUAAAUGAAAGAGGGCGGGACAACCCCGCCUAUCAGCAUGAGCAGAGAAAACCCAACUCACCGUGGAGGUAUCCCCUCUUUAGGAGACAGAUUGACAGAGCCGACUCGGCGUCAAGUCUAGGAUCAAGUAUAAACGGUAACAGUUCCGGCAUUAGGAUGUCGCCACUGGCAACGAGUGGCGUCACAGCUGCGCCUCCUCCCUCAAUCCCUCCUCAUAGGUACCGCCCACAAAUACCGGCAGCCGAGCGGGUAAAAGACAUGUGGUGA